ACAAUGGCUUCCUCGAUGGCUUCAGCCUGUCGCCGCUUUGCCUCCCUCGCCGCGCCAUGUCGCCCACUGCCCGUCCGCUCUCUAUUUCCCACGCCCCCGCACCGCCGCGCUCUGGCGACCUCUGUCCCGCGCCUCUCGGACCAGCUGUCGCGUGACGAGCUCGAAGACCCCUUUGACGAGUCUGUGGAGGAAGUAGACGAAACCCUCAAAUCAAACGAGCCUGCCUCCGACACCUCGCUCGCCUCGAUACCAUGGUACCUGCAGCACGACCAAGCUCAGCAGCACGCCGUCAACGCCAGCCCCAUUUCCGAGCGGCAGCGCCUGCCAGACCUCCCGGAGCACGCGCCGCCAAUGCUCCAGCCCAUGAUGCAACACGCCUCGGUCGACCUCGGCAUCGACGACAUCACCCUGUUCGACCUGCGCCACCUCGACCCGCCCCCCGCCCUGGGCGCCAACCUGAUCCAGCUGUUCGGCACCGCCCGCAGCGAGAAGCAUCUGCACGUCUCGGCCGAUAAGCUGUGCCGCUGGCUGCGCAGCCAGUACAAGCUCUCGCCGCACGCCGACGGGCUGCUGGGCCGCGGCGAGCUCAAGAUCAAGCUGCGCCGCAAGGCCCGCAAGACGCGCAUGCUGUCCAACGCCGGCGCGGCCGAGGGCAGCUUGGCGGCUGAUGACGGCAUCCGCACCGGCUGGAUUUGCGUCAAUGCUGGCCGGGUCGAGGCUGCCGAGUCGGCCAAGACGGAGGAUGAGCCCGAGGGCGAGGGCUUUGUGGGCUUCGGCACGCGCUCGCACGGCGUCAACGUCGUCUUCCAGCUGUUCACAGAGGAGAAGCGGGCCGAGCUUGACCUCGAGGGGCUCUGGAACGGCGUCUUGAAGACAGACGCGCGCCGCAAGGAGGCAAUGGCCGCGGGCAUGGCGGUCAAUGACCCGCACGGUCAUGUCACGUACAACUCGAACGGAGCCGUCUUUGCCAACCAGUCCGUGGCGGCUGCGGAUCCGCGAGCGCCGUUGCAGACUCGGGCUCUGCACUCGUCGUCACGUGCGACACGAAGAGAUGGUAUGAAUAUGGCGUUGCUAAGAGCUGGAGAGUACGGAGUGGCUAACGGAUUGUUCAGAGUAGGAAAAGCGGGCAAGAGCAUGAGCAUGAGCAUGAGCACGGAGGCGGAGGCGGCGACUGGGAAAACGGCCACCGAGCCUACGUCUACGGGUAAUAACAACAAAAAAUCGUAUACGCCGGAGGAGCAAUCAAAAACUUUUGCCAGCCUUUUUGCACAACUGGAGCAGAUGACGCCGUCGGAGAAGAUGGCGGCGCUGGGCAAAGGCGCGCAGACGCGCCCACGCGGCCACACGGCCUUCUUGAGACAAUUCUACGCGCUGAUGCCCCCGUCCCCGCUAAUCCCGCACUACGACGCGCUGCUCCGGCUGUACGAGCACGCGCUGGCCCUCGCGCACCCGGGCUACCCGCUCCGCCUCGUCGCCGCCCUCUUCGACGAAAUGCAAAUCGCGAGCCUGCACAUCCCGCGCCCCGUCUUCCUCGCCGGCCUGCGCCUGCUCUGCACCUCGCACUGCGUGGCCGACCCAGACCGCGACCAGCUGAUCCUGGCGCUGCUCGAGGCUAUGCGCAACCACGGGCAGGCAAUCAAGACCGCAGACGUCCUGGUGCAAGUGCACGACGCGCUCAGCGCGCCGCAGCCCGCUCUCGACGCCGACACGCAUAGCAUCUCGGAGGCGGAUCACGCCCGCGCCCGCCUCCUCGCCACCAUCGAACUCGGCAACGUGCCCCUCUCCCGCCCGGCCUGGAUCCGCCUCCUGAGCGCCGCGGCCACCGCCCGCGACCUCGCCGCCCUCUGGCACAUCUGGAACAACAUGCCGCUCGACGGCGUGACGGCGCGCGGGCCGGGGCUGUACGCGCUGGUGUUGCGCGCGCAGGCCGCCCACGGCGACAUGGACGGCACGGUGCAGGCGCUGCGGCAGCUGGUGCCCGAGAUGAAGCGCGAGGUCCCGCCUGUGCGCCUGGUCGGCGAGGUCGCGGACGCGGUAAGGCUGUGCUUGGGCGUUGUUGAGCCGGGCAUUGAGCGCCUGGUGGGGAGGGGCGUAAGUAGUGGUGAGUGGGUGGAGCUUUGGCUGAGGUGUGUGGAGGAGGAGGAGAGGGAGGGCGCGUGGGAGGGCAGGUGGGGCCUUGGUUCGGGGAGGGGUGCGCGGGAGGGCCGGGAGAUGCACGAGAGACGGCCGGAGGAUGGGAUUGGUGGCGCGGCGGGGGGUUGGUUGUAGUGAACGGUCUGAUGUUGUCUGUAGCGUUCAGCGUAGUUAGUUAGCAUCUGCCCACUUCAAGUGUCCCACACCGAAGGAAGGAAAGAAGCGGUCGGUCGGUCAUGUUCUGUUGUCUUUUUAUAUCCUACCUAGGUACCUAAGCUAAGCUAAGCUAAGCUUUAUCUCACAUAUGUUUAUAUAUAUAUUUGUUUUAUUAUUUAUUCAUUUCCCCA